UGAGGAUUUUUAAUGUCUGCGGUGACUUCUGGGAAUCCACCUCCUCCCUGCACCUCUAUUCUCCUACCAGAUCAUGGCCCCUGUCCCAAAAUCUCUCAUUUUAGAUUGCAGUCAAGAGGAUACUGAUGAACUGGAACGGGUGUCCAUUGCAACCAGCCAGAAAGCCAAAUUUCCUGAGACCCAAGAGGGGCAAAGGGAGAGAGCUGCAGCUCUGUGUCCCCUAAGGCACGUUGCCAGCAGGUCGUAUGAAACGGCGACAAAAGAGGAAACAUCUGGAAAAUGAAGAGUCCCAAGAAAGUGCUGAGAAGGGAGGAGGAAUCUCGAAGCCGCAAGAGGAUGCCUCUCGGCCCGAAUCCACUGGUGUGCCCAAAGGCCUACGGGUAGGGGAGGUCUCCUCGGCUUCUGAAUACUUCUCCUGUGUCUCUUCUCCACGCAAGUUCAUCCAUGCCGGAGUGCGGAGGUUACAGCGAGAAAGAGAAAGCCCCCGGCCUAGGUCUCCCCUAGUCCAGUUUCAGGAACAAGGGGAGAUGGCUCCCCCUUCUCAGCAUGUCUCUUUCUCAUACCCUUCCUCCUACAAGACCUGCGUGUCCUCUGUGUACAUAAACAAAGAGGAAAGGGGCAUGAAAAUAUACUACAUGAAGGUACAAAUGAAAAAAGGUGUGGCUGUCUCCUGGGAGUCCAAAGAAACCGCAGAGUCACUGGAAAAACAGCUGAAGGUGGAAGAAUUGAUCCUUCCUGAGAAAGUGCGGCAAUUGAGUUACAUGGGCCAGAAGAUCCUGGAAGAUGUUGUGGUCUUCUCUUGGGAGAGGGAGAAGAUAGAACCAUUGGCAGACAGAAUGCCAAUGGUAUGAUGGGGAUGAAGGGACCAGUGUUACA